CCGAGUGCGCGGGCGGCUCUCUUGAGUCUUGCGGUGGCUGGUGAGUGGUGGCGUGCUUGGCGGUUACGGGUCUCGUUCCGUGCGGUUGUCGCCGAUCCAGAUUUUUUCUCGUUGCCACGAGACAGAGUCGCGGGUGUUAGCAGGGGGGCGACGGCUACGAUCGGCCGGACUUCCAAGGUAGACCCGACGGUUGCGAUGCUCGCACGUGGCGGGUAGGACGGUUUCCUCGCUCGCGUGGCAAACGAAACGUAUGUACGUUAUCGAACACGCCGUACAGAAUAUCGUUUGCGCUUGAUCUCGACGACGACCGGGUGGCGGCGGCGGCUGCAAGCGGCUACGAGGACGACAACGACGUCAACGACGUCAACGACGACGACGACGACGACGACAACGGUGGAUUACGGCGGCGGCUCGCCGAUCCACGCCCGACGAUCGAUCUGACUGAUUUUUGCGAUCCGGUCACCGAAAACUUCCACCAUUCCGCCAAUAACCGUGUGCCGACCCGCAGGGUGGCGAUCGUCCGAUAAGGGUUCUAUCUGCGAUAGACUGGUCGACCAGUCUGUUCGUGGGUGCUUGAAUAACUGCGGCAACUGGAAGUUGGCCCUGAAUGCAGAGCCCCCGUGGCUUUGCUAGCACCCCCACAGUGAUCUUGUCUUAAUCCGCCUCCUCACGACUCACCCUAUUAGCAUUGACAGCUGCCUCUUUGCUGCCUAGCAUCUACAGAGUACUAAUUAAUUCAAUCAAACUCUCUCAACAUGAAGGUAACAAAUCUAGACGAACGUAUUCACGUUUUGGACAACGAGUCCAACGUUAUGACCGUUAUCAAAAACAUCGCAAUGAGCGGUUUGCAAGAAGAAGCUUUCUACGUAUUGGAUAUAGGAGACAUUGUGCAAAAGCAUCAAAUCUGGAAACAAAAAUUGCCACGAGUCGAACCCUAUUACGCCGUGAAAUGUAACGACAAUUUGAUUGUAAUUGAGGUAUUAGCGGCCCUCGGCAUCAAUUUUGAUUGCGCAUCUAAGAAUGAGAUAAACAAAGUGUUAAGCCUCGGUGUAGACCCUUCGAGAAUUAUUUUUGCCAAUCCGGCCAAGCCAGCUUCGCACAUUCGGCACGCUGCUGCAGUCAGCGUGGAUACGAUGACCGUAGACAACGAAAGCGAGCUGCACAAAAUUAAGAAACUCUUUCCAACGGCCAAAAUUGUUUUGCGAAUUCGUUGCGACGCGGAAAUGUCCCAGUGCCCGCUCGGCAUGAAAUUCGGCUGUGAUCCGAUACACGAGGCUCCCAAUCUCCUGCGCCUCGCGUACAACUUGGGCCUCAACGUGACGGGCUUCAGUUUUCACGUUGGUUCCGGAUGUCAAGACCCACCGGUGUUUCAUCGCGCUAUUCACCAUUGCAAGAUACUGUUCGAUCUGGCUACCGAUCUUGGUUUUAAGCCGUACCUCUUGGACCUUGGUGGCGGUUAUCCGGGCAACAAGGGCACGAGCAUCGACAAAAUCGCCGAGGUCAUCAACAAAGCUCUCGAUGAAUUCUUCAACACCGAUGCUGUCCACGUGAUCGCUGAACCGGGCCGCUUUUAUGUUGCAUCUGCUUUCACAUUGGCAACGGGCAUUCACAGUAAACGUUCUAUACGCGGAGAUGAAAAUUCCAACGCUGUUACGCACAAUAUGUAUUAUAUCAACGAUGGCGUUUACGGGUCAUUCAAUUGUCUGCUGUACGAUCACCAGCACGUGACUCCCGUACCUCUGAAAAACGGUUGUGGAAAGCUGAUUGCCUCGAGCGUAUGGGGCCCGACGUGUGACGGGCUGGACAAAAUCGUUGAGAAUAUCAUGCUGCACGACAUGGAACUUGGGGAAUGGAUGAUUUUCGAAAAUAUGGGAGCCUACACCCUGCCCGUUGCGUCUCCAUUCAACGGUUUUCCCAUUCCUAAGGUCCACAUUGUCGCCGACGAGGACAUUUGGCUUUUACUGAAGGAUGCUCUGCCUUUGACUGAAGAUCACUUUGUUAUUGAUAAUACACCAGCUAGUUUGCGACUGGGACUAGAUAUUGGAGGUAACGAUAUCGAUCCGUGGAGGGACGCUCAUCCAAUAGAGUUAGCACCGCCUGAAAUAUUAACGGACACUCCUAAUGCUCCGUCACAUUUUAUCUUCGAGUAUGUCGAGACGCCACUAAAUUGACCUGAUUACUUUCACAAAUGGUUCGGAAAUACGCAUUUCAAAAGAAAAAAAAAACAAUUGUUGCGCAUUCAAUUGUUGUGGUAAAACAAUUUUAUUUCUUUUUAAUGAAAAAAUAGCAAACGUGCAACAUUAUUUUUAAUAAUUACAUAUAAUUUUUCUUUUAAAAAUUUUAAAUUUUACAUAAUACAAUUUCAGACAGAAAUGUAUCUAGAUAUGUAUUGAUUUUAAGAUAGUUUGACGUACAGUCUAUUUUUUCCUCUCAGACAGUGCUUUGAAAUAAUUUCUUUGCUUUUAUUUAAAAAAUACAUUUAUUUUAAUAAUUAAGAACUAUGAACUAAGUAUAAUGCUAAAAGUGGCUCUUCUGACAUUACUAUUGAAGAUUAAUAUUCGUGAAUGUCAGGUACUUCUACCGCGCAUAAUGCAUGAAGAUAUAGUAGAUAUUUACGUGGCAUACGUAUCUCCAUGUAUGUCAUCCGUGUGAUGGAGCGUGUUAUAGCUUCCACAUAAUACUUCCAACUACAAAAGUCGAUAUUUCAGAAAAAAGCUGCUCAUAAAAAUCGUCUUGCUCAUUAUUCUUCUGCACUUUUUCAAUAUGCAUUAUAUAAAUCAUAUGCAUUUAACAUAGGACGAAGCUAUAAUUUGUUCCGACAUGGAUUAUACACAGAAAUGGAGAAAACGUGAUUUGACAAUAGAAAGAUUUGUCACGCUUUUCUGUAUAUGUUAAACGAAUGAGAUGGCCAUACGUAGAGAGCGAUAAAUGUUCUACGAUUUAGUUUGGAAUAUUCGAGAUAGGUGAAUCAUCUCUUAAAAGGUUUUGGGGAUAUUAUUUGGGGCAACGUAUUUUUUAAUUUCUCUUUUUUUUCUUGAAUAUUUUGAAGUGCUAUUAAAGAAAAAGAAUUAUAGAGAAUUAACGUGUAAAGAAUUGACAUGUGUGCAAACACAUACGAGGCACACAAAUGCAACCUUUGAAAUAUCCGCACUGAAACAUAACUCUGUAGAAUUGCUAGGAACUUUGCGGCAUUGAGGCAGCUGUCAUAAGAACCGAAGAAAAUUAAUUUUUUAUUAUUA